AUGUAUGAUAUUCACAGUGUUUCGGAUACAACUGAACUUAUGUCCUCUAUGGGAAUUCAAAAAGCAAAACAAUCACCUGAUAAAUUGUUCAUCAAAUCAAUGCUAGCUGGUGUUUUUAUAUCAUUCAGUGGACGUUUUCUCAUUAUCGUUGGUGAUGGUAGUGCUCCAUUGGCCCAAAAUCUUGGACCUGGCAUACAAAAAAUGGUACAAGCCGCUGUAUUUCCUAUUGGUUUAGUUUUGAUUAUGAAUACUGGUGCUGAGUUUUUUACUGGCAAUACAAUGGUAUUUACAAUAUCUACAUUGCAUAAAAAACAAGAUGGCUUGAUCUUAUUAUUUCAUGGGUAG